AUGAUUUUCGCGUCACCAGAAAACCUUGAAGAAUAUUAUUCUCAGAGAAUUAGUCCGCUCGACGUUACUCACUACACUAAUGACAUCAACAACAACAACAUCGACAACAACAACAACAACAACAUCGACAAGUAUAUAAACUAUAAAAUCAACCCAAACAACAAGCACAACAACAACGUACAACAAAACAAAAAGAUUAAACACAGCAACCACAACAGCCACAUCAAUCACAUCAACAACAGCAUUAACAGCAAUGACGUCAACAUCAUGAAUAACGAUUACUCUUAUAAUUACAUUCCUAUAAACCAUAAAAACAACAACAACAACAACAACAAUAGUAUCAGAAAAAAUAACAACAAAAUAUUCAACAUUGACAAACAAAACAAAGUCAGCAAAAAUGGAAACAAUAAACUCCACGAGAGCCCUUACAACUCCAGUCGCCCCAUGAAUAACAAAAAUAUCAACGACAACAUCUACCACGACAACGACAUCAAUGACAACAACAACAACAACAGCAAAAUUUACCAAAGAUAUAACACAUCAUCGACAACAAUUCAAAACAACAACAACAACGAAUAUAUCUUAAUGGCUAAGAAUCCAGUUGCUGUUAAAAGUGACUUCACUCGCAAACGCCCGAUUAACAAAGUAAACUUCAAAAACCACAACAUGACACAGCGACCACAACAACCACAACAGUCACAACAACUACAGCAGUUACAACUACUACAACAGCCACAACAACCGCAUCAACACUUAAUUGUUGGUUUAAACACUCCAGUGACUACAGAAACCCUCCACAAGUCGCGAAUUAAAAAUGAUAAAACUGCGGUUAUCAAAACCAACACUCAGUUGCUGCAGAGCGACAAAAAGAAAUCACAGCACUACAACAACAACAACCGUCACAUCAACAACAACAACCGUCACAUUAACAACAACCGUCACAUUAACAACAACCGUCACAUUAACAACAUCGACAGUAACAAUGUUUUCUACAAUAACAAUGGCAGAUACAACAGCACCAACAUUAAAAAAGACGACCACUUCAUUAACAAACGAACAGUCAACAACAAUAACAACUACGUAAAUAAUGCUCACAGCAACAUCAAUAAUAACAACAACUACAUCGACAACAACGUAAAUAACAACAAUAUCAACAAAAACAUCAACAACAACGUAAAUAACAACAAUAUCAACGACAACAUCAACAUGGAAAACAACAACAACAAUAGCAACAAUCGCAACAUCAAGAAACGAACAGUCAACAACAGCUUCUUCAAAAAACCCGGCUUUUAUAAAGGUGACAAAAAUAGAAAAACAGAAUUAGGAAACAUGCACUUUGAAAAAAUUGAAACUGAUAAAAGUAGCAACAGUAGUAGUAGUAGUGGUAGUAGUAGUAGCAGCAACAGCAGCAGCAGUAGUAGUAGUAGUGGUAGUAGCAGUCGUAGUAGUAGAAGUACUAGUAGUAGCAGAAGUGGUGGCAGUAAAAGUAAAAAAAGUAAAAGUAGUCGGAGUAGUAGUAAACGAAUGGAUGAUAUUGAUGAUGUCGAAGAAGGUAGGAAUGUGGUUCUUAUAGACAAUCAAAUGGUACUCGACGCUAAUCAAGAGAACAUCUACUUGCUGACUGAGAGGCAGAAAGCAACCGUCUCUGCAACAGAAAGCAACUGCCUCUGCAACACCGAAAACGCAACUAAAUAUUUAUUAAAGAACAACCUGAAAAGGGAGACGUUCUUACAUAUUUAA